CACUGCCAGCUACCGGCGACUUCACACCUGAUCGAGCCCCUUUCCCAAAUUGCGGCAAGCAGUGCAGUCGUACGGAUCGAUCGACAACAGAGCAAGCAGUUUGGGUUCCAGUUCCCAGAGGUGCCCUAAAAUAUCAACUUUAAUCGGCUCACGUUGAUCGGCUGGCAGAAUGACUGACUUGGAGUCUCCAAAGAACGGAAAGCACCUGGCCCAUGUUCACCACAAUAACAAUGAAAUCACGGAAAGCGAACCACUCACCUGGCGCUUCUGGCGCAAACAGCGCUACAUUGUGGUGCUACUGGCCUUCUUUGGAUUCUUCAAUGUCUACUCAUUGCGGGUGAACCUUUCGGUGGCCAUUGUGGCCAUGACCGAGAACCGAACAGUGCUGGACGGCGAUGGAAACGUGUCCUACGAGCAGGACUUCCCCUGGGACUCCAAGCAGAAGGGCUUGAUCCUCAGCUCCUUCUUCUAUGGCUACAUCCUGACGCAGUUCCUGGGCGGCUACAUUGGCACCAAGAUCGGUGGCAACAUUGUAUUCGGUACUGGAAUUGGCAGCACUGCCAUUCUGACGCUGGUCACUCCGCUGGCCGCCAAGCAUAGUUUGGAGAUGUUCCUGGCUGUCCGCAUCAUCGAGGGAUUCUUCGAGGGCGUCACCUUCCCCGGAAUCCAUGCGGUGUGGGCCCGCUGGUCGCCGCCCUUGGAACGAUCUCGAAUGGCAUCGAUAGCCUUUGCUGGCAACUAUGCGGGAACUGUGGUGGCGAUGCCGUGCUCCGGAUUUCUGGCCACCAAAUACGGCUGGGAAAGCGUGUUCUACGUAUUCGGCUCUAUCGGCGUGGCCUGGUAUAUCAUUUGGCUCAUUUUCGUCAAAGCCGGUCCCGAACUGGAUCGCUUCUGCUCGAAGGAGGAGUGCGAUUACAUACAAAAGACCAUUGGCUAUGUGGGAUCCAAGAACAUCAAGCACCCCUGGAAGUCCAUCUUCACGUCGAUGGCCUUCUAUGCCAUCAUGGCCUCGCACUUCUCGGAGAACUGGGGCUUCUACACCCUGCUUACACAACUGCCCAGCUUCCUCAGGGAUACGCUCAACUUCGACCUGGGCAAAACGGGCAUCCUGUCGGCGGUGCCCUACUUGGCCAUGGGCAUCCUGCUGGCCGUGUCUGGCUAUUUGGCUGAUUGGCUGCAGGUGAAGGGCAUUUGGACGACCACUCAGGUGAGGCGCAACUUCAACUGCGGAGCGUUCUUGGCCCAGACGGUGUUCAUGAUGCUGACGGCCUAUCUGCUGGAUCCCACGUGGUCGGUGGUGAGUCUGACCAUUGCCGUGGGCCUGGGUGCGUUUGCCUGGUCUGGAUUUGCGGUUAAUCACCUGGAUAUUGCGCCGCAGCACGCCAGUGUGCUGAUGGGAAUUGGCAACACGUUCGCCACCAUUCCGGGCAUCGUCAGUCCACUGCUCACGGGCUAUGUGGUCACCAACCAGACGAGUGACGAGUGGCGCAUCAUCUUCUUCAUUUCGGCGGGCAUUUACCUGAUAGGCUGCGUCAUUUACUGGUUCUACUGCUCCGGCGAACUGCAGGAAUGGGCCAAAACGCCCGAGCAGAAGGCCCAGGAGGCCGAGGAGAAGGCCCAACUGCAGUUGACCCAAACUACCGGGUUUGUCAACACAGCCGCCGAGUUGAAGGACUAAGCUAUUUAGUUUGGCUUCAUCACAUCAUGAAUUUGUGCUCUAGUAUUUGUCGUUGUUACGUUUUUGUGAUGCUAGCGAUAUGCGCACCAUUGUGUCUAUAUUUAUGUAUGUUAAUCCAUUUAGUUUUUCUCGACACUCGCUAUGGGUGUGGAUGCGAAUAAACAAAGCAUUUAAUUCCAAGUA